CCCACUUUUUUUGCAGGAGAGGGAAGACAAGUUGACGACUAGAACUAGCGAAUACUAAUAUCAUCUGUUUUGUACAUUGAUUGUCAUGCACAGAUGCAUACUGAGGGGUUUGAGGUUCGAGGAUUCUGUCGUUUUGUCUUCAUGCAUACGACAACAAAGGAUUGCGGAUAAAAAGUGGACUGUUUCUUUACGAAGUCGACCUUGUCAUAGCAUUCAUUCAUGGAUAUCGCCAUCAACAACAGUACGGUGGCAACCUUUGACACACUUCGUGAGUGCACGAGCUCACCACCUAACACAGUCCAAGUGCAUGAGCGCUGCACGGAGAAAACGUCUACCAAGUGCCUUUCCAGUCAUAGACGGAGGUCUGAAUCCCAUUGUGAACCACGUAUUUGAACUUAACCUACGGAAUAGUCUGGUUUGCCAAGACAGAUAUCUCAAAUACAAAGCGCAGGUGCAGAAAGGAGGUGGUGAUAAUGCCACCCUGCGUCACACCCAGAGGAACAAGAAGUUGUUGGUGAGGGAGCGCCUUCGACGGUUGCUGGAUGAUGAGGACUACCUCGAGCUGGCACCCUUCGCUGGACUGGGCCUGCCUUAUGGCGAUAUACCCUCUGCUGGAUGCCUCACUGGCAUUGGCAAGAUCAACGGGCUGUGGUGCGUGUUCAUAGCCAAUGAUGCCACGGUGAAGGGUGGCACGGCAUACCCCAUCACCGUGAAGAAGCAGCUGCGUGCCCAAGACGUGGCCAUGCAGAACCGGUUGCCCUGUGUCUACCUGGUGGACAGCGGGGGUGCCUUCCUCCCUCUCCAGUCUGAAAUAUUCCCUGAUAAAAAUCAAGGUGGACGCACCUUCUACAAUGAAGCCAUAAUGUCAGCUCUGAAGAUACCCCAGGUGGCGAUAGUGUGUGGCUCCUGCACGGCAGGUGGUGCCUACAUCCCCACCAUGGCAGAGGAGACGGUGAUGGUGCACCGCAUCGGGACCAUCUUCCUGGGGGGGCCUCCCCUGGUGAAGGCUGCCACGGGGGAGGAGGUGUCCCCUGAGAACCUAGGGGGGGCCACACUACACGCAGAAGUGAGUGGCUGUGUGGACCACUUUUCUGCAGUGGAGCAGGAUUCCUUUGAGUCGACCAGGAACAUCAUCUCCACGCUGAACUUCGAGUUGCCCGAGGAGGGAGAGGAGGAUGGGGCCAUAGAGGCACCUCUACACAGCGCUGACGACCUGAUGGGCCUCGCUCCCAAGACAUACCACCACAGCCUGGACGCCAAGCUGAUCGUGAGUCGACUUACAGAUGGCAGCAAGUUCCAGGAGUUCAAAGGCCGCUACGGGACCACGCUUCUCACCGGCUUUGCCAAGAUCGAAGGGCAGCUGGUGGGCAUAGUGGCGAGUAACGGGGAGCUGACGUACGAGGCGUCCCUGAAGGGAACUCACUUUGUCACGCUGUGCGACCAGAGGGACGUCCCCCUCGUAUUCCUCCAGAACACGGCGCCCGAACCCGGCAUGACACUCUCUACACACAAGGCUGAGGCGAACACCAAUCGUCUGAAGGCUCAGGGGUCCAUGAUGUCAGCGGUGGCCUGCGCCUCAGUGCCGAAGAUCACCGUGGUGAUCGGGGGUUGCCAUGGGGCUGACAGUUAUGCCAUGUGUGGAAGGGCAUUUGACCCCAAUUUCCUCUUCCUGUGGCCCAAUGCCAGAGUGUCCCUGGUGGCGCCGGGAUGCUCAGAAGCACUCGUGCCUGAGGAGGAGGAGGCUGCACGGCUCGACAACAAGCUAGAGGAGGAGAGCUGUGCCUUCUUCUCGUCUGGGAGACUAUGGGAUGAUGGAGUGAUCCUGCCCCAAGACACAAGGAAGGUUUUGAGCAACUGUUUAAAAAUCAUCAAACAACAAGAGUACCAGAUCUCCAAGGAGAGACAGCGAACUCCAUUACUGCGACUUUAAGCCUACCUCUGUAACAACGGUGCCUCUUUCAGGGAUGAUUUUUUUUCUGCUCGUCUCAGAAGCCUUUUGUUUUAACCACCCAAGUGCUAAUCCUUUUUAACUGUAUGCCUGUAAUUUAUUAGCUGACAAAUAGACAAUGCAAAGUCGUUUGUUUUGUAAAGAAUAAAAAUGAUUUCUUUUUA